AUGCUGGACGCGCUGGCGAAUUUUAAUGUGACGGAGGUGCCGAGCCUUAAGACGUCUGUGCGGGAGGCUAUGUCCACGCUGAACACCACUACGGUGAACUUGGCGCUGGGGCUUCCCGGCAUGUUUUCGACGUUUAACGCGGGGCAGCUGUACAGGAUCAGGGUGGUGGCGAUCACUGCGUCUGCGUUGUCGAUAUUUGGUGGUGUAGUUGGUAUAUACUGUAUGCUGAAUAUUGACAAGAGGCGAAAAGUGUUCAGACAUGAUUUGAUUCUGUUUCUGAUCAUCUGCGAUUUCAUAAAGGCUCUAAUUCUGAUGAUAUACCCCGCGAUUAUUCUAAACAAUAACUAUGUGUAUGCGACGCCGGCGUUCUUUAAUACACUCGGUUGGCUUACUGCAUACGCGACAGAAGGUGCUGAUAUUGCUAUCAUGGUCUUCGCCAUACAUUUUGCAUUACUUAUAUUUAAACCGAACUGGAAGUGGAGGAACGCCAAAACGGGUAACAUGGAAGGUGGGCUAUACAAAGUGAGGGGCUAUAUCUGGCCGAUGACAGCUUUGAUACCGAGCGUGCUGGCGAGCCUGGCUUUCAUAAAUUAUAACAAAUUGCAUAAGUGGACACAAGCAGAAAGAGACGCUGUUGUGCUAGAUAAUAACAACUACGACUUCCCAUUCAAACCUAGAAUCGGAGGCUAUAAACCGUGGAGUGCUUGGUGCUAUUUGCCACCAAGACCACUCUGGUAUAAGAUCGUCCUAAGUUGGGGUCCCAGAUACUUUUUGGUAAUAACAAUUAUUGCCAUCUAUAUUAGCAUAUAUCUAUACGUGUCAAGCAAGAUACGAAAAAUCAAAAAUCAGUUAAAGGAUUUUAAGCAUGAGCAGGAGGAAGCGCGCCAUGAGGAGGACAGAAUCUUGAGAUCUUCCAAAUUUGGUACUAUAAAAUGGCUGAUGAAGAGAUAUAUAUCACCAUUGUUUAUGGGCAUCAUCAAAUCUUUCAAAAAUUUCUUCACAUUAUCGAUGGAAGAUAUCAGUGAUGACUCCGAAUUGUCGACCAGAAGUUAUUCAAUUUAUAGCAGUGGAUCUUCAUAUGCGUAUGGAGCAAAUAAAGCUGAUAAUGAAGAUUAUGACAAGUACCAUCAAGGCCUUCAAAUCUUAAAAUAUAAGAAUUCUAAGAAUGCCCAAGAAAGAAAUGCAGUAAGAGAACAAAUACAAAACCAAAACCAAGAUCAGGUUGAAAAUAAGGCAGAAGACAAAGACAUUGAAAUGGCUGAUCUGGAAACACCUAAAGAAACUUUUAAUAACCCUCUUUCAAAGCUGUCAUCAUUAAGGAAACAUAUGAGUAUCCAUUCAACAGAUAGGAGGUCAGGACAUUCAAGGAGAUUUUCUGAUGCUAGUGAUGAAUCUAAUAUCGACUCAUUAUUGGAAAACGGCCUAACUGAAAUAUUUAGUACUCCCAUCCCAGAUGGUGAAGACUCAGAAACUCAAAACCCAGUUGCUUAUCAAAUGGAAGACUUGAGUAAAGGUAUAUCACCUAUGGACAACUCAGUUGUCCCUCCUUUGGGAGAUGAAAGAAGGAUAGUUGGAGCAAAUGAAAUCGACGAUGUUAAAAAGAAUUUCCAAAGAGAAAUGUACCAAAAUAUGAAGAAGAGGAGAUCUCAAAUUCAAAAGAAUGUCAGGUCGAUUUUCAUUUAUCCUUGCUCAUAUUUGGCGCUUUGGGUUUUCCCUAUUAUUGCUGACUGUUUACAGUAUAACUACGAGGAGAAACAUGGCCCUGUUAUGUGGGUCACAUACCUGGAUACUUUUACAAGACCUUUAGCCUGCAUUGUGAAUUCUAUGGUCUUUUUUUACAGAGAAAAGCCUUGGAGACAUACAUGGGAAAGAGUGGAAAAGAAAGUAUUACUUGAUAAAUUUAUAUUGAAAGGUGAGAUGAGUGAACAGGACAUGUUGUUUUACAGGAAAACCAAACUUGGAAGAAGAGGUUGGUAUUACCGUGGGAAGUGGCUAAAAAGACAAUGUUGGAGCCAUCAAAAGGAAUGGUGGAAGAGAUGUUUGUGGUACGUUUAUAGAACUUUUAUUGGUGCUUUCAAGCUAGAUUUUGAUUAUGAAGAUAACUGCUGGGAUAAUGAAUUCUGGGACCAGUAUUACUCUGGUAAGCCACUGCCAGAAUUCAGGUCUCAUCAGAACGCCAAAGAAGGUAAGAUGAGGAGCACAGAAACCGAAAAUGUAUUAACCUCUGACUCAUCUUUAUCUCCUUCAAGGGAGGAUGCCUUCUAUGAUGCACAAGAUAAGUUAAAGAUAUCUGCAUUCUGGAUGUUGGUCCAUUUAUUCCCAAUGCUGAAUGGUGUUGAUCUGGAUGAGAUCAAUAGAGUUCUAAGAAUGAAAUACAAAGAAGAUGACUUUGUGAUUCCAGGUUUAACGUAUGCAUUGACUCAAAGAAAUGCACAAGUGCCAACUCCACAAGUGGCUGCUGGAAAACACAGUAGAAAUCCAAGCACAAUCAGAAACACCAAUACAAAACUACCUACAUUUGAUCUCAGAACUCAACAAAUACCUUCCAGUGAUGAGCACCAUUAUAUGAGAGAGACUCCAAAAAUUGACGAGCACUUGUUUUCAAACAGAAAUUCACAAGUCUCAUUUGCUCGUCUAGAUACCGAUAGACCUACAAGUACCGUAUCUGAAAGCACUUCGAAACAAACUACUCCACCUGCCAGUACAUCUGUUAGUCAACCAUCUAACCAUGAUGAUGACGAUGAACACAUAGAUAUCCUUGCAUUCUUAAACGAACCCUUGAAAUAG